AUGAGUUAUAAGGAUCCGAUACUCUCGCAGUUCAAAAAUAAGGAUACCAUUGAUGCGAAAGUUAUUACGGAGUUGAUCGAGGAUGCGCGCGUUCAAAACACAUCGGACCGUACUCAAAUUAUAAACGAUGAACUGCAUGAAAGAACCGUGGAAAAGUGUAAAGAAUCACUAUCUAUUUAUACAGAUCUUGUCAAGUUGAGCUUCCUGUUGGCUAAGUCAUGGGAUUUAAAGACGUUGGAACAAACCGUGAUGCUAAGGUUUGGAUUGCAAGAUAUUAUCGGUACGAGUGAAUUGGCUAGUUCCGGGAAUAAAUCACAGGGAGAAGAUUUCGAUAGAGAUAUAGCCUUGAAGACAAUAUCAAAAUGUGAUAAAUUAUCCGUAGCAUUGGAACAAUUGUCGCUUGAUUCAAGGUCGGUUAUGGUUUUCAUAAAACAGGCGACUGAAACAAACGAUGUUACUGUACUCCUGUCGGAUGCAAUGACUCUGUUAUUGGAGAUUUGGUUUCUAUGUGGUCACCAGCUAAGGAAAUUGAAGAGAAAAGUUGCAGCAUUUUUCAUGAGAUCCAAGCUCCUUCUCAUAGAUUACGAAUUGGAAUUAAUCAACAAUACCAAUAUGGAUAAAAUGACCAAGGCAAAUUUGGAAUCCCUAAAAGAGACGAUAUCUUCAUAUAAAUCUUUCAUCAAAGUACUUUUACAACAGCUACGGGACGCUGAGACAGUUGAUGAUCAAUCAGAGUUUGAAGAAUGUCUGGCGAUCUUCAUGGACGUGGAAGGCAUGUACCAAGCGUUCAAUUUCACUUGGUUAUUAGAAGAAAAUUCAACACUGUUAACGAACUCUGAACACUAUUACGCCAAGGCACAGCAAGAAUCUGACCAGCAUGACUUACAAGAAUUAUCAGGAAUUAACUCAUUUAUUGAUAAUUCAUUAAUCGAUGAAGAGGAAGAAGGCAAGACACAAAGCGAAUCAGCGGAAGAACCUGGUGAUGAUUUGGACGAUCUUGUCCCAUCCUCAGACAAAUUACAUUUUUCUCAAGGACGGUCACGGAGAUUGUCAAAUAUGUCUGGUACUUCUGACAUUUCGUUGAUGAUGGAAAAAACUUCAUUGACUAAAGAACUACCUCAUUUACUGCAAGCAUUCAACAAUGCUAAGAAGUUAGCUAAUGAUCUAGAAAGCGUCAGGGAACUUGGAAGCACUACACCACCCACUUUUUCUCCAUUUAGCUCCCCAAACUGUUCUUCUUCUAUGUCGUUGGAUAACUCCACUACCAUGAACUCGUCUAUUCUUUCUAAUCACAUUGGUAUUAAAACACCAACAACAAGUGGUUCCAGUAAAGUUUUGGAAAGUCUGGCCCAUCGUCAGCAAGAAUUCCCAUAUGCUUCGAGCAGCCCGUUAAAUCCGUCACCUUUGUCAAAAUUAGAAAUGAGUCAGCAGCUGAUUCGUCAAGAUAUGCUGAAAUUGAUGUCACAGACUCCAAACAAUGCGAAUGCUGCAACAAUUUCUGCAAAAGUCCCCGGAUUUGGAUCCAACAUUCUUAACAACCUGUACGGUAUAGGCUCAAAAAACUAA